UGACGUCAUAAGUAGCCGACCAACAAACCCACCGAGUUAUGGAAACUCUUAUUUUAUACAAAAGCCACACUUUUAUAUCAACCGUGCAAAGUCGAGGUAAAAGUUUUAGCUUGGAUCUUCCUCUCGGCUGACGAUGAUUGAGGCGUUUUUAUUUUUUUUAUUUUUAUGGCGAUUAUUAUGAUGGCGAUGAUGAGAGGAGGCUGUGAUUGGCCAGGGCGCGCGUCUCGGGAGUGCGAGUCCUCCGCUUGUCGGGGGGGGGGGGAGGGAGGGGGUGAAGCGAAUUAUUUCCAACCGCCGCCGGCCGCACACGAGCCAGGCGCACCGGCUCGGUUCGGAUGCGCUCAGUGCGCGCGCGCCCCUCGGGGACCAUGGACGCGACCCUCAACCCGAUCAUCUGGGCGGACUUGGAUUGCACUUUGCUGGACGCGUCGCCGGACACGCUGUGGGGCAACACUUCGCUGUCGCAAUUGAACGCAGACGGUUUCUUCUGUAGCGCCACCACUGAUGAGAUCGGCACCUGCUGGCCGCAGAGCAGCACCGGCAGGAUUGUGGAGCGACCCUGCCCCGAGUACAUCAAUGGAGUCAAGUACAACACCAACAGAAGCGCGUACAGGGAAUGCAUGGAAAACAGCACAUGGGCGCUAAAGAGCAAUUAUUCAAACUGCGUGCCCAUUUUAGACGAGAAGAGAAUGUAUCCAAUGCAUUACAAGAUAGCGCUGAUCAUCAACUACCUGGGCCACUGCAUUUCUGUGGGGGCGCUAUUAGCGGCUUUCAUCCUCUUCCUGUGCUUAAGGAGCAUCCGAUGUUUGCGCAACAUCAUCCACUGGAACUUAAUUACCACCUUCAUCCUGAGAAACGUCAUGUGGUUCCUGCUGCAGCUCAUCGACCACAACAUCCACGAGAGUAAUGAGCCGUGGUGUCGCCUGAUGACCACCGUCUACAACUACUUUGUGGUCACCAACUUCUUCUGGAUGUUCGUGGAGGGCUGCUACCUGCACACGGCCAUCGUGAUGACCUACUCCACCGACAAGCUGCGCAAGUGGGUGUUCCUCUGCAUCGGCUGGUGUAUUCCGUGUCCAAUAAUAAUAGCCUGGAGCGUCGGGAAGCUGUAUUAUGAAAAUGAAAAGUGCUGGUUCGGCAAGGACCCCGGCAAAUACAUCGACUACAUCUACCAAGGGCCCGUCAUUCUCGUGCUACUGAUCAACUUUGUUUUCCUCUUCAACAUCGUCCGAAUCCUGAUGACCAAACUGAGGGCGUCGACCACCUCGGAAACCAUCCAGUACAGAUGUGGGAGGAAACCGGAGUGCCCGGAGGCAACCCACGCAGGCGCGGGGAGAACAUGCAAAGUCCACACAGGCGGUGCCGGGAUCGAACCCGGGUCCUGGGAACUGAAGGCGGUGAAGGCCACGCUGGUGCUGCUGCCCCUGCUGGGCAUCACCUACAUGCUGUUCUUCGUCAACCCGGGGGGGGACGACAUCUCGCAGAUCGUCUUCGUCUACUUCAACUCCUUCCUGCAGUCGUUCCAGGGCUUCUUCGUGUCCGUCUUCUACUGCUUCCUUAACGGGGAGGUUCGCUCGGCGGCGAGGAAACGCUGGCACCGCUGGCAGGACCAUCACGCCCUGCGGGUGCGGGUGGCGCGGGCCAUGUCCAUCCCCACGUCGCCGACUCGGGUCAGCUUCCACAGCAUCAAGCAGACGACGGCUGUGUGAACACGCGCACCGGCGCGGGCGUUUAGCGGUUAGCGUGCGCGGCGGGGACCGGCGCCCCCCCCCCCCCCCCACGUAGAUCGCGCGGUCGCCCGCCGGGACGGCAAACUCUCAAACGGCCAUUUUGUCAGGGACUUAAACCGGCGACUGGGCUUUCGACGCUGCCUCGGCCGAUAUGAAGCACAUCAUUGGUGGCUGCGGUCAUGAAUUUCAAAUUUUUAGUUUAUUAUUCUUACUGUAGUCGCUCAACGGGUAAUUGAACACGCGGUCGGAUGUCGGCACCGGAUCGUACGCACGCAGGCGUGCGAGGAGAGGUUCACCGGACCACUCGAGCUGGGGCCGUGGGGUCGAUUCCUCACUCGAGGUCGACAACGGUUUGUCUUUGCGCCUUCAUUUCGUGCACUUGCCACCGGGACGCGUACGUUCGGUCGCAGUCGGACGAUCGGCUCUGCGGUCGUGUCUCGGUCACUGGGGCGAAGGGAGCGAACGGCGCUGUCAACGGAUCACCGCCUGCUGGUGGUUUGGCUCCCAACGGUGGGGGAAGAUGCGGGUCGAACCUAGCGGGCAGAUUUUAUGAGGGUCUGCUGGGAAUCUGUUGUCAGAAUCCCCCCGUCGGAAGGAGUUUCGACUCCCACCUCCGGCAGAACUACCGCCACGUUGUGUGGGUCGUGGGUCUCCCUUAGCGGUAGUCUGGGAGGGGCUCAGAGUCGAGCCGCUGCUCCUCCGCAUUGAGAGGAGCCAGAUGAGGUGGCUGCGGGGGAUCUGAUCCGGACGCCGUCCACCCGGUACGAAAAACAACGAAUCCCUCACCUUGUCUACAUCAACUUUCCGUAUUUAUUUUGUGGACAUUUUAACUGUAAAUGAGAUUUUGUCACGAGAAGUGGUUCAGUGUUUGUGUCUGUCGUAGUGUGUACAAUUCCGCAACUCCAUACGUGUGCGAUUGACCAUAUUGGUAUUUUCUAACGUUACCCGAGGGGGAUCGCUGUGCAAUGUCGUCGUACGGGAACCGUUGCAGAUAUCGUGUCGUAUCUACUGCGUGUACAGUGCAUCCAAUAAUGUCAUUGCCUAAUAGCAUAUUUAUGCGUGUAUAUUAUAGUCGGAUUUUUGGUAAAACAGUUCUGAACAAAGCCAUUUGUUCAGAACGCCCCAAAGAAAAUUACCACACGUCAACCUGUCAUCGAACAUGAAAAGCAAGUUUUAUACGCCGUCAAGAGAAAUACUUCAGGUCAUAACUGUCUAUCACGUCUAUUGUACACUUCGCAACAAAAUGACAUUUUUGUCAUAACUAUAACUGUAUAUACUGUAUAUUUGACGUACGUUUUUGAUGGAAAUCCGUUUGCUAAGUCACCUGUUUUGCCUUACAAACGUUGUUUUUGUGCGUGCGUUUUGUCUGUGUGUGAGAGACAGAGAGAAUAUCUGUAAAUGUACUUGUUACUAAUACCAUUUAUACAUUUAUGAAUCAAAUAAUGUGCAUCAUUUCAGAAAUAAUAAAAAAAAUAGUUUAAAGUUAA